AUUCAAUUCUUCUCUUUUGUUCAUUUAGCCCAAAAUCCAAUAACCUUGAAAACCCUAGAUUCAGAAUAACAAUAUAUUUGUAUUACUGUGAGUUGGAUUGUCUGCCUCCUAGUUCACCAGCCGCAGCCAUGGUCAACGUACCUAAGACCAAAAAGACUUAUUGCAAGAGCAAGGAGUGCAGGAAGCACACUUUGCACAAGGUUACACAGUACAAGAAGGGUAAGGAUAGUUUGGCUGCUCAAGGGAAGCGCCGGUACGAUCGCAAACAAUCAGGUUAUGGUGGUCAGACCAAACCAGUGUUCCACAAGAAGGCAAAGACGACCAAGAAGAUUGUGCUAAGGCUACAAUGCCAGGGUUGCAAGCAUGUCUCCCAGCAUCCAAUCAAGAGGUGCAAGCACUUCGAGAUUGGUGGAGACAAGAAGGGGAAGGGAACAUCUCUUUUCUAAAUGUGUUAUUCAUGUCAAACGUUAUUUGGGUUUACUUUGCUGCAGUAGUUGGAACUUAAGGCAAUAUAUGGAAUUUUGUUAAGUUUGCUUUUAGUUUUCUGAUGUUUUUUCAGAGGAUAUGGUGUUCUUAAUGACAUCGGUUGUUCUCACUGCUGGCAAUUGUUUCACUUGUAUUUUUUAAUCUGAUCUUCUUAAGUAA